AUGAUGUCCUCCGCCGAGGAGGAGGACGGCGGCGGAGGUGGCGGAGAAGCCGAUCAGGAGCGAGCCGACCUCUGGCAAGCUACAUUACAGGCCGCCGUCCAGAAUGCCAUCGACCCGACGAAAAAGCGUCCGCAAACACGGAAACCGCUGCGACAAACCAACGUCGUCGAACGAUCCGAGCGAUCUUUGCUGUGUCUGUCGUUAUCAAAUCCGAUCCGUAAACUAUGCAUAACAAUCGUCGAAUGGCGACCUUUCGAAUUUCUGAUUCUUUUAAUGAUAUGUGCCAAUUGUAUAGCUCUAGCCGUCUAUCAGCCAUAUCCAGCUCAGGACUCUGACUCUAAAAACACUAUAUUAGAACAAAUAGAGUAUUUAUUUAUUGUUGUUUUUACAAUAGAAUGUAUUUUAAAAGUGGUAGCAUUGGGCUUUCUAUUUCAUCCAGGUGCUUACUUAAGGAACGCUUGGAACGUUCUCGAUUUUAUAAUUGUCGUUAUUGGACUUGUGAGUACAAUAUUAUCACGUAUGAACAUCCAAGGUUUCGAUGUGAAAGCCCUUAGAGCAUUUCGUGUGUUACGUCCUUUACGUUUAGUAUCUGGAGUUCCUAGUCUUCAAGUUGUGUUGAAUGCAAUUCUUAGGGCUAUGAUUCCCCUGUUACAUAUUGCUCUAUUAGUUCUAUUCGUGAUAUUAAUUUAUGCUAUCAUUGGAUUAGAACUGUUUUGUGGCAAAUUGCAUUCCACAUGCAUUGAUCCAGCGACAGGUCAACUUGCUCAGAAGGAUCCAACGCCUUGUGGUAAUGUAGGCUCCGCUUUUCAUUGCCAACCUUCGGAUUCCCUAUCACAAAUGGGUGUCCAAUGGGUUUGCUCAUCAAAUACAUCAUGGCCAGGACCAAAUAAUGGCAUCACAAAUUUUGAUAAUUUUGGAUUAGCUAUGCUUACAGUUUUCCAAUGUGUAUCAUUAGAAGGUUGGACAGACGUCAUGUAUUGGGUAAAUGACGCUGUCGGCCGUGAAUGGCCAUGGAUAUAUUUUGUAACUCUCGUUAUCCUGGGUUCAUUUUUCGUACUUAACCUCGUUUUGGGAGUUUUGUCCGGAGAAUUCUCUAAAGAACGAGAGAAGGCCCGUGCUCGAGGUUUAUUUCAAAAGUUUCGAGAGAAACAACAAUUGGAAGAAGAUCUCAAAGGUUAUCUGGAUUGGAUCACCCAAGCUGAAGAUAUGGAACCUGUGAACGAAGAUGAGCAGGAAGAAGAACAAAUUCCUCAAGACGGUGAACAAGAAGAAGAAGGAGAAGAGCGAGCAGAAGAACAACGCCCAACCUUAUGGAAGAAACGUUUCAAAAGAAUAGAAAAAUGGAAUAGAAGAUGUAGGCGUGUGUGUAGACGUCUAGUUAAGAGUCAAUCAUUCUAUUGGCUUGUCAUUUUGUUGGUGCUUUUAAAUACCCUAGUACUAUCCUCAGAACAUUACGGUCAAUCAGAAUGGCUGGAUAACUUCCAAACUAUGGCCAACUUAUUUUUCGUAAUUCUGUUCUCAAUGGAAAUGCUUUUGAAGAUGUACACUCUCGGCUUUACCACAUAUACAACAUCACAAUUCAAUCGUUUUGACUGUUUUGUUGUUAUUAGUUCAAUUAUUGAAUUCGUACUAGUUUACUUCAAUUUGAUGAAGCCUCUUGGAGUGUCUGUGCUUCGAUCUGCACGUCUUCUUAGGAUAUUUAAAGUUACAAAAUACUGGACAUCUCUACGAAAUCUUGUUUCUUCCUUAUUAAAUUCACUGAGAUCCAUCAUGUCUCUGCUACUGCUGCUCUUCUUGUUCAUUGUUAUCUUUGCGCUGCUGGGUAUGCAGGUAUUUGGUGGAAAGUUCAACUUCAAUCCUCAACAACCAAAACCACGUGCUAACUUCGAUACUUUCAUUCAAUCAUUGCUCACAGUGUUCCAGAUUCUUACUGGUGAAGAUUGGAACACAGUUAUGUAUAAUGGUAUAGAGUCAUUUGGUGGCGUAGGAACUUUGGGUGUUAUCGUAUCCAUUUACUUCAUUGUUCUGUUUAUCUGUGGUAACUACAUUCUGUUAAAUGUUUUCUUGGCUAUCGCUGUCGAUAAUCUCGCCGAUGCUGAUAGUUUAACGAAUGCUGAAAAAGAAGAAGAACAACAAGAUGGUGAUGAAGACUUCGAUGCCGAAGAAGAAGAAGCAGAAGGCGAUGAUGAAGGAGAAGAAGGAGAAUGUGGUGAAGAUGAAAUGGUAACAGCUCGACCACGACGAAUGAGCGAAGUUCAGUCAGCAACGACUGUCAAGCCAAUACCAAAAGCUUCCUCAUUAUUCAUUCUUAGUCACACUAAUCCAUUUCGAGUAUUUUGCAAUAAAAUUGUCAACCACUCGUACUUCACCAACAGCGUCCUCGUCUGUAUCUUGGUUUCCUCUGCUAUGUUAGCAGCUGAAGAUCCAUUGGAAGCCAAUUCUAGUAGGAACACGAUUUUGAACUAUUUCGAUUAUUUUUUCACCACCGUAUUCACAAUUGAAAUUACGUUGAAAGUUGUUGUGGAUGGACUUGUCUUUCACAAAGGAUCCUUCUGUCGCAAUGCUUUCAACUUACUGGAUAUUCUUGUCGUGGCCGUAUCCCUAAUCUCUUUCGUGCUCAAAUCUGAUGCCAUUUCCGUGGUUAAGAUUCUUCGUGUCUUACGUGUGUUGCGUCCUUUACGUGCUAUCAACAGAGCUAAGGGUCUCAAGCAUGUCGUCCAAUGUGUUAUUGUAGCUGUCAAGACUAUCGGUAACAUUAUGUUGGUUACGUUCAUGCUGCAGUUCAUGUUUGCUAUUAUUGGAGUACAGUUAUUCAAAGGAACUUUCUUCUCAUGUAACGAUUUAUCCAAGAUGACGGAAGCCGAAUGUCGUGGUGAAUAUAUACAUUAUGAGGAUGGUGACCCGACUAAGCCUGUCUCUAAAAAACGGGUCUGGACCAAUAAUGACUUCAAUUUUGAUAACGUUGGUGAUGCUAUGAUUUCAUUAUUCGUCGUCUCAACAUUCGAAGGAUGGCCAGAUCUUUUGUAUGUGGCUAUCAAUUCGAACGAAGAAGAUCGUGGUCCCGUUCAUAACUCUCGUCAAGCUGUCGCCCUGUUCUUCAUUGCCUUCAUCAUUGUCAUCGCUUUCUUCAUGAUGAACAUAUUCGUCGGUUUCGUCAUCGUUACUUUCCAAACAGAAGGAGAACGUGAAUACGAAAAUUGCGAAUUGGAUAAAAACCAAAGGAAGUGUAUAGAGUUCGCUUUGAAAGCAAAACCGCAUCGGCGUUAUAUUCCACGGAAUCGAUUCCAAUACCGCGUUUGGUGGUUUGUAACUUCGAGGGCAUUCGAAUAUGUUAUCUUCUUGAUUAUCGUAUUGAACACCAUAUCUCUUGCGUGCAAGCAUUAUCCAUCAGGACCAACAUUUGAGAACGUGCUAGAUAUAUUAAAUUUGGUAUUCACUGGAGUUUUUGCGUUCGAAGCUGUUUUCAAAAUAAUUGCUCUGAAUCCCAAGAAUUAUUUCGGCGAUCGAUGGAAUGCCUUCGAUUUCGUUAUCGUUCUUGGAUCAUUCAUUGACAUUAUUUAUGGAAAGCUGAACCCCGGAGGAUCCAAUCUCAUUUCCAUCAAUUUCUUCCGUCUUUUCCGAGUUAUGCGUUUGGUCAAACUGCUGUCUCGUGGAGAAGGUAUCCGUACACUGCUUUGGACUUUCAUGAAAAGUUUUCAAGCUUUGCCAUAUGUUGCCUUACUCAUCGUUCUACUCUUCUUCAUUUAUGCUGUAAUUGGAAUGCAAGUGUUCGGAAAGGUCGCAUUGGAUGAUUCCACCCAAAUCCACAGGAACAACAAUUUCCAUUCAUUCUUCGCUGCUGUUCUUGUUCUAUUCCGUUCAGCUACAGGAGAAGCUUGGCAAGAAGUCAUGCUUUCAUGCUCUGAUCGCGAAGAUGUCCGUUGUGAUCCUUUAUCCGAUGAUUUCAAGCGGGAUCCGACAGCCAGAUGCGGAGUUAACUUUGCCUACCCAUACUUCAUAUCGUUCUUCAUGUUGUGCUCAUUCCUUGUUAUCAACUUGUUUGUUGCUGUCAUUAUGGAUAACUUCGAUUACCUCACACGAGAUUGGUCAAUCUUGGGACCACAUCAUUUGGAAGAGUUUGUCCGAUUAUGGUCUGAAUACGAUCCAGAUGCUAAAGGAAGGAUUAAACAUUUGGAUGUGGUUACAUUGUUACGUAAAAUCUCGCCACCUCUCGGAUUCGGAAAGUUGUGUCCUCAUCGUUUGGCUUGCAAGAGAUUGGUAUCUAUGAACAUGCCUUUGAACUCUGACGGUACUGUCUGCUUUAAUGCAACUUUAUUCGCUCUUGUUCGAACCAAUUUGAAAAUCUAUACCGAAGGAAAUAUUGAUGAGGCCAACGAACAGUUGCGAUCUGCUAUUCGACGCAUUUGGAAACGAACACCUAUCAGAAUGCUCGACGAAGUCGUACCACCUGCAGGAAAAGAAGAUGAUGUUACAGUCGGAAAGUUCUAUGCAACUUUCUUGAUUCAGGAUUAUUUCCGUCGUUUCAAGAAACGCAAAGAACUGGAAGCAAAGGGAAUAGUGCCAACGCAAACUCCUCAAGCUAUGGCUCUUCAAGCUGGUUUACGUACUCUCAUCGAGAUCGGACCAGAAUUGAAACGAGCUAUUUCUGGAAAUUUGGAGACGGAUUUCCAUUUCGACGAUCCCGAACCACAACAUCGAAGAACUCAUUCACUUUUCAACAAUAUCGUCAGCCGAUUUUCUGGCUCCAGAUCUCCUUCUGACGUUGGUUCACACGAACGACCUUCAUACCAUAAAUCUUCUGAAGCACAGUCUCCAAUGAGUGACGGAUGCUUACCGACUCAAUCGCUUAUCCCUCCGUCCCAUAGUAACGGGGGAGCUCGACGAUUACCAUUCAUACCACCUUAUACCAACCAUAUACAAGAUGAGUCUGAUCGCAUUCGAGAUACGGGUACAAGACCAGGCAUAGAUCAGCAUAAUCGGUUAAUAAUAGCUAACAGAAAUAUGCCAAACGAGACUGAUGAUGAAGAAGACUGGAUGCGAAUGAGGGGACGACCAGUAGCUGAACGUCGUUUAUUACCACCUAUCACCCAGCCUAUGGAUAUGGCUACCAGUCAAGCUCUUGUCAUGGCCGGUACGAAUGUCAUCUGA